GAAGGGGCCGAGACUUUGCAUGUUUUCACUUCUCAGAGAGGAGACGUGACUCAGUCUGUAGAGCGGUACCAAGUGUACGGAGGACAGAGGAGAGGAAGGAGAGUUGUAUCGGCUCAUUUCCUACUUUCACUGCCAUGAAUGAUAUCAAGUUGGCUCUGCUGGGGAGGGAGGGUGCAGGUAAAACAGAGUGGGAGCAGCAGAUGCAUCCUGGAGGAGCCUGUGAACUGGGCAGAUGGAUUCGUGGUGGUGUACGACGUCAGUGACCGAAUGUCCUUCCUCUGCGCCAAAAGCAUCCUGCGGCAGAUCAGAGAGGAGAGCUGCAAGGGACUGGUGGACGCUCUGGUCUUCUUGGUGGGGAACAAGCAGGAUCUGUGUAAUGCUCAGCAGGUACGUGAGGAGGAGGGCUGGUCCUUGGCUCAGGAAGACCGCUGUCACUUCCAGGAAGUGUCUGCAGCAGAAGACUACUUAGAAAUAUCCAACCUCUUCACUAAGCUCAUUCGCCGUGUAAUGGAGAGCCCUAAGCACCGUGCAGACCGCAGACGUUACAGUGGCUCCAAGUCUGUGGCCAAACUCAUCAAUAAUGUCUUUGGUAAAAGGCGGAAGUCUGUCUGAUGGAGGAAAUCAGUGUUUACUGAUGAUAAUGUAUGUGACUAAACACACUCUUUGUCUCCAGACAUUUUGUAUUAGUCAACAAAUAUGUGGACAUAUUCUGCUGAGCAUUUCAAAAUAUCAGUCUUACUGAAACUGAAACAUAAAGAUCCUUCUAAGGGAAAUAAAUAAAGAAUGAAGCUCUCAAACACUCAAGAAUAAAUGUUUCACUUCACUGUCUGUGGCACAAAGACAGUUUGAUAUCUCACAACAAAACCAAUCAGAUUCACUUUCUCUCAGUGAAAACAAUGGGCACUAUAGGUGGGGUCAAAUGCAUGUGAUAUUUCUCAGCUCUAAAUGUGAUUCCUGAAUCUCUCAGAAUUUAUGAUUUUAUAGUUAUAUCUUCUAUUACAGCUGGUUUGCUUUGUGUUAGGAUUAUGUACAAUUAUACCAGUACCUUUUAACAUUUCAUAAUGACAUAUGGUAUACUAAUUUCAAUAAAUCCAUUACAUCUAUGGUGUAAUUUUGUCCAAACA